UGCCCGGCCGGUGCAGCGAGGACCCGAGAGCGGUGGAGGCCCGGACUGCAGCGGCGGCGGCGGGGCCACCUCCCAGCAUCCCCACCCUAGGAGGCUGCUUGCGGAUUGAAGAGCGGCGCCUGGGGGCUGGGCUGGCCCCGCUGAUCCGGACCUAGGGAGGACAGCAGGACCGCCCAGGCUGCGGAGGGGCCCGGGGGGCAGGAAGGACAGAGCAGCAAGAUGGCCAGUAAAACCAAGGCCAGCGAGGCCCUGAAGGUGGUGGCCCGGUGCCGCCCCCUCAGCCGGAAGGAGGAGGCUGCUGGUCACGAGCAGAUCCUGACCAUGGACGUGAAACUGGGCCAGGUGACCCUGCGGAACCCCCGCGCUGCCCCAGGAGAGCUGCCCAAGUCCUUCACCUUUGAUGCUGUGUAUGAUGCCAGCUCCAAGCAGGCGGACUUAUAUGAUGAAACCGUGAGGCCCCUGGUAGACUCGGUGCUUCAGGGUUUCAAUGGCACGGUGUUUGCCUAUGGCCAGACGGGCACCGGCAAGACCUACACCAUGCAGGGGACCUGGGUGGAGCCCGAGCUGCGCGGGGUCAUCCCCAAUGCCUUUGAGCAUAUCUUCACCCACAUCUCUCGCUCCCAGAACCAGCAGUACCUGGUCCGGGCAUCCUACCUGGAGAUCUACCAGGAGGAGAUCCGGGACCUGCUCUCCAAGGAGCCUGGCAAGAGGCUAGAACUGAAGGAGAACCCGGAGACCGGUGUCUACAUCAAGGACCUCUCCUCCUUCGUCACCAAGAAUGUCAAGGAGAUCGAGCACGUGAUGAACCUGGGGAACCAGACCCGGGCGGUGGGCAGCACACACAUGAAUGAGGUCAGCUCCCGCUCCCAUGCCAUCUUCGUCAUCACCGUGGAGUGCAGCGAGCGGGGCUCAGAUGGCCAGGACCACAUCCGUGUGGGCAAGCUCAACCUGGUGGAUCUGGCCGGCAGUGAGAGGCAGAACAAGGCCGGCCCCAACUCCGCCGGAGGGGCGGGCACACAGCCCGCGAGUAGUGGCGGCGGUGGAGGUGGUGGUGGAGGUGGAGAGAGGCCUAAGGAAGCCUCCAAAAUCAACCUCUCACUGUCUGCCCUGGGCAACGUGAUCGCUGCUCUGGCGGGCAACAGGAGCACCCACAUCCCCUACCGGGACUCCAAGCUGACCCGGCUGCUCCAAGACUCUCUGGGGGGGAACGCCAAGACCAUCAUGGUGGCCACUCUGGGCCCGGCUUCUCACAGCUACGACGAGAGCCUCUCCACCCUGCGCUUUGCCAACAGGGCCAAGAACAUCAAGAACAAGCCCAGGGUGAACGAGGACCCCAAGGACACGCUGCUGCGGGAGUUCCAGGAGGAGAUCGCCCGCCUGAAGGCCCAGCUGGAGAAGAAGGGGAUGCUGGGAAAGCGGCUCCGGAGGAAGAGCAGCCGCAGGAAGAAGGCUGUGUCGGCCCCCGCUGGGUACCCUGAGGGGCCGUUGAUCGAGGCCUGGGUGGCUGAAGAGGAGGAUGACAACAACAACAACCACCGCCCGCCCCAGCCCAUCCUGGAGUCAGCCUUGGAUAAGAACAUGGAGAAUUACCUGCAGGAGCAGAAGGAGCGCCUGGAGGAGGAGAAGGCGGCCAUCCAGGAUGACCGCAGCCUGGUGAGCGAGGAGAAGCAGAAGCUGCUGGAGGAAAAGGAGAAGAUGCUAGAAGAUCUAAGGCGGGAGCAGCAGGCCACAGAGCUGCUCGCGGCCAAGUACAAGGCCAUGGAGAGCAAGCUGCUCAUCGGGGGCAGGAACAUCAUGGAUCACACCAAUGAGCAGCAGAAGAUGCUGGAACUGAAGAGGCAGGAGAUUGCGGAGCAGAAACGCCGUGAGCGGGAAAUGCAGCAGGAGAUGAUGCUCCGUGACGAGGAGACCAUGGAGCUCCGGGGCACCUACACGUCCCUGCAGCAGGAGGUGGAGGUCAAAACCAAGAAACUCAAGAAGCUCUACGCCAAGCUGCAGGCGGUGAAGGCAGAGAUCCAGGACCAGCAUGAUGAGUACAUCCGCGUGCGGCAGGACCUGGAGGAGGCGCAGAAUGAGCAGACCCGGGAGCUCAAGCUCAAGUACCUAAUCAUCGAGAACUUCAUCCCCCCUGAGGAGAAGAACAAGAUCAUGAACCGGCUUUUCCUGGACUGUGAGGAGGAGCAGUGGAAGUUCCAGCCACUUGUGCCUGCCGGAGCCAAUAACAGCCAAAUGAAGAAGCGGCCAACGUCUGCCGUGGGCUACAAGAGGCCCAUCAGCCAGUAUGCUCGGGUUGCUAUGGCAAUGGGGUCCCACCCCAGGUACAGGGCUGAAAACAUCAUGUUUCUGGAGUUGGAUGUGUCCCCUCCAGCUGUCUUUGAGAUGGAGUUCUCUCAUGACCAAGAACAAGACCCCCGUGCGCUACACAUGGAGAGGCUCAUGCGCUUGGACAGCUUUCUGGAAAGACCUUCCACAUCUAAAGUUCGAAAGUCCAGGUCCUGGUGCCAGAGUCCUCAGCGGCCUCCACCCUCUACCACACAGGCCUCACUGGCCUCCGCUGCCCAGCGCCCCACAACAGUGCUAGACCAUGAGUGACAGCCUUCAGUCAGGCUGCCCUUCCAAGAGCCUCCUGGGAUGGGGAGCC